AGAGGAGUCAUGUCAGAAGAAACAGUAAGCGAAUCACAGUUUUCCUUGAAGACAGCAGUACUAAGAGUGUUUGAUCUUCCUCUGUCUUGGUACUAUUCUCUCUCCCAGAUAAAAUUUUCACCAGUAGCAAAAAAGUUGUUUGUGGUAACUGCAGUGAGUGCUGUAUCUGUAAUUUUUCUGGCCCAUCACUUUAAAAGAAGACGUGGAAAGAAGAAAGGAAAAAUACUACCAUGGGAACCAGAGCACCUUGUACUUGAAUACACUAAAAGAGCAGCAUCAGACAAAGGUUCAAGUUGUUCCAGUAGUAGACAGAAUUUGACAUUGUCUUUAAGUUCUGCCAAAGACAAAGGAUCUCAGUCUUGUAACUAUGCUAAUGGAGGACUUUUCAGUAAAUACUCAGGUUCUGCACAGAGUUUAGCCUCUGUCCAGAGUGUAAAUUCUUGUCAUAGCUGUGCUUGCGGCAAUUCUAACUCCUGGGACAAAGCAGAUGAAGAUGAUAUUAAACUUGUUAAUAUUCCUGUGACCACUCCUGAGAACUUAUACUUGAUGGGUAUGGAAUUGUUUGAAGAGGCGUUGCGUCGAUGGGAGCAAGCUCUCACCUUUCGAAAUAGACAGGCUGAGGAUGAAGCCUGUAGUUCCAUUAAAUUGGGUGCAGGAGACGCCAUUGCUGAAGAAAGUGUAGAUGAUAUUAUUAGUACUGAAUUUAUCCAUAAACUUGAAGCUCUGCUGCAAAGAGCAUAUCGUCUCCAAGAGGAGUUUGAAGCUACCCUGGGGGCAUCUGAUUCUAAUUCCCUUGUUAAUGAUAUCGAUAAAGAUACAGAUACCACCAUGAAGGGGAAUAUGGAUGAAUUUGGCCUUCGAGACUCCUUGAGUGUUGCAUCAACUGAUUCCUUUGCUUCAGCAACAGAGCUUGCAGAACACAGAGAAGGACGACAUGCUUACAGUCUAGAGUCUCUCUGCCACUGCCCUUUUUAUGAAGAAGCCAUGCAUUUAGUUGAAGAAGGGAAAAUUUACUCAAGAGUGCUUAGAACUGAAAUGUUGGAGUGCCUAGGAGACAGUGAUUUUCUUGCCAAACUUCACUGUAUUCGACAGGCUUUUCAGGUAAUACUUUCAGAAACAGCCAACAGGAUAUUCCUUGCUGAGAGUGGAAGGAAAAUUUUAUCAGCAUUAAUUGUGAAAGCACGAAAGAAUCCAAAGAAGUUUGAAGAUGUUUUUGAUGAAAUGAUCUAUUUUUUAGAGCAAACUGAUCACUGGGAUAGUACUGAAAUGGAACUUGCUGCUAGAGGAGUGAAAAAUCUAAAUUUUUAUGAUGUUGUUCUGGAUUUUAUAUUAAUGGAUUCCUUUGAAGAUUUAGAAAACCCACCCACAUCCAUACAGAAUGUAGUAAAUAAUCGCUGGCUAAACUCCUCCUUCAAAGAAACUGCUGUGGCUUCAAGUUGUUGGUCAGUGCUGAAACAGAAAAGGCAGCAGAUGAAGAUCCCAGAUGGAUUUUUUGCCCAUUUUUAUGCCAUUUGUGAGCAAAUCAGCCCUGUCCUCGCCUGGGGCUUUUUGGGUCCUCGAAAUUCUCUCUAUGAUUUAUGUUGCUUCUUUAAGAAUCAAGUUCUUUUCUUUCUCAAAGACAUUUUUGACUUCGAGAAGGUGCGCUAUUCCAGUAUAGAGACUUUGGCUGAAGACCUCAUGCAGUUACUUAUUCGCCGCACUGAACUGUUAACGGCCUAUCUUGGAGCUGAUGCACUGAGGCAUACAAGUAGCUGUCUAAGUAGUCAUGGUCAUGUUAUGUCCAGUGGCCUGUUGGAAGCCAAAGUACAAUAA